UCUAAUUGCUUUCCUACCAUCACCAUACUGCUAGCUGCUCUUCAGUCACUAUCCUCUGCACGGGUGCACACUGUCACCAUGAGCCCUCAAACUGUCCUCCUCACGCUCUCAGUUUGCUUUAGCAUGUUUUCCUCAUCUAACUCCCCUCACCCUGGGUCCGCUAAGAAGUCAGGCUGCUUCAAAGUCAACAACUGCAAAUGCAUCAUGAAGGAUGGGAGCGGUGUGAUAAACCUGAAGGCUAUGGGAGACGCAGACGGUUUCCUGGGCCGUCUAAAGCCUGUGACAGCAGAGAACCUGCCAGUCAGCGCAGAGGUCCUCCUGACCUUCAGCCCCUGCCAGCCCUUCUCGCAGCCAGAGGACCUGACUGGAGCUGACUGCACCAAUGUUGCUGCAUGCCUCAUUGUCAGGUAUCACAGGCUCAACAGAUACAUCAGCCGCUACAUCAGCUAUGGGAGACACGAGGGAAAUGAAUUCCACUACAAUGACACCCUGAAGAUGCUGUCUGUCUCGUAUUUCUCUCAUGACGAGCAGCCGCUCACAGUAGUGCACUACCACUGCAAUCCAAAUCAGCCUGCUUCUUUCAUCCGGGAGCAGAGCCUCAGCACCGAGGAGCCCCUGCAGAUCUGGGUGGAGAGCCCCUGUGCUUGUCCAAAUGCCUGUGCCAUGGGAGAUCUGGGUCUAGGCACCAUCUUCCUCAUUAUCCUCUCCCUCAGUGCUGCAGCAUACUUCAUCCUUGGUUCCUGCGCUCUGAGGCCUUUUCGGACCAGCAGUGGAGUCCAGAUCUCUCCAGAGCACAGUGUGUGGUGUAUGAUCUGCUACCUCUGUGCUGAGAGAAGGCCAGCAGGAAGACACUAUGCAGACAUGACACACUGUGAACGAUAA